AUGCUCUUGACGCCAAUUAGCCAUCUCCCCAACGCAAAACGAAAGCGCCAUCACAGCAAGGGAGACUCUGACAUCUCUGACGGUACGCGUGCGAAACGUUUGCCUCCAAACGCCUGGGAUCAGCUGCCCAAGGUUUGGCUAUCUGACUACGCACUCGAAGAGCAGAGACGGAGAUAUCUUCUCGCAGACACCACUCCUGCUCCAUCAUCAUCAUCACCAAGUGCAUCGUCACCAAGUAUAUUUUCAACAAACGCAUCAUCAACAAGUACUACUGCUGCGCUUGGAACACUAGCACAAUAUGCGCGACACGGCGGACCGGAUCUGACAGACAUUCGCGGCUACCACAAGUGCACAUCUAGCUACACUUCUCUGACUACUAUGCCUUCUCACACACCAACCGGGUCUCAACAAGAUGAGAACCCUAUGUCAAGCGGCCAAUCUUCUGGCCCUUAUGAUAGCAAUUUCCAGAGCCGACUGACUAGGUUCAAUUUCUUUCCACCAGACUUUGACUGUGAUAUGGGAGCCGGAACCUGCCUAAGCGAGCCGGUCAACAAGGAUGCCAUUCUGCAGCAGCUCAAAAUCCCUCGACCGGAUCUCUCUCUCGACAGCUUCACAGCAGACGACUACAAAGAAUGGAAACGGACAUUCGUUCAAGCCCGGACAGAAGGCACUAUUAUGCGUGAAUCAUUCCCAGCCUUGACCGGCGGCAUGAAAAUCCCAAGCGACGGGGACCUUCUUUGGAACAACCUUGACCCGCUUAUCGAAGGCGUCGAAUUAUCACAAGCGAAACCUGACUUUUUUGACGGUACUAAUCCUUUAGACCUCCAAGUGUCAGUACUCGAUCUUCUGGGAAACUACAUUGUCCCAUCAAAGGAAGGCCAAGCGCCCUGCCUACCCAAUUUCACCGUAGAGGUCAAAGGGCCUAGAGGCACCUACGACGUGCUAAUCCGCCAGGCACUCUAUGACAGCGCACUGGCAGAGCGAGCCAUCAAUUGCGUAUUAGCUUAUGUCGAUCAGGACGUCGAUCCUCCCAACUUCGCGCGCACGCUCAGCUGCACCUUCAUCGAAGGCCACCUACGCCUCUACUCUGUCCAUCGCACAAAGAAGCCCACGUCAAACGAGAGACCCUAUGUCCCGCAUAUUCAUGUGCACCUUGUUGAGAGCUUCGACCUAAAACUUCGUCGAGAAGUUUGGCUGCAGGGAGUGACUGCAUUCCGCAAUGCGCGGGACAUGGCAAAGCAAUGGCGAGACGAACUGGUCGUGAAAGCAAAUCAGAAAGCUUUGAAGCCACAGCACAACAGGCUCAAAGCCGGCAAUGUGGCAGACUCGUUUGGGUCGAAUGAGAGUGGAGGCACGAAUGGCACUAAUUCCACCGAUGAGUUGAGUCCCGACUAUGGCAAGAGGCAGAAAAUGAGUUGA